ACUAAUUUACCAACCGGACCACUACUCACGUUGAGGGUCAAUAUAAGGAUGAGCCGAUAGAGCCGUCGACAUGUCAAGUUUCUCCAGAUCUGCUCAGCAAUGGGCAACCUUCGCCCGCUCCUGGUUCAUAAUCGAUGCCAAGAUGCAGCCUCCUGGCAAGAUCGCCACCAUGUGUUCGGUUCGAUUACAGGGGAAACACAAACCGAUCUACCAUGCACUCAGUGACUGUGGAGACCAUGUAAUAGUAAUAAACACCAAACACAUAGCGUUCUCUGGAAACAAAUGGGAGCAGAAAGUCUACUCGUCGCACACAGGGUAUCCAGGUGGAUUCAAACAACUCACAGCUGCCCAGUUACAUCAGAAAGACCCACAAGCUAUCGUGAAGUUGGCAGUUUACGGCAUGCUGCCUAAGAAUCUACAGCGUCGCACCAUGAUGCAGCGAUUACACAUCUUUCCUGAGGAUGAGCUGCCAGAGGACAUCCGAGCCAACCUGACGGAGGAGCUACCUCAGCCCAGAAAGAUCCCCAAGAAACUCAACGAGUACACGGAGGAGGAGAUCGGCGCCUUCCCCAGGCUGUGGACACCACCUCAAGACUACAAGAUGAAAUGAAAUCAAAGCCGCCCGAUGUGAGCAGAGCUGGAGAUCUUCACAUUAACGUCUCACUGGACACAACCAGUUUCCUCACAUUUAUUUAGAAAGGAUAAAUGACCAAAGCAGGACUCUGAUAGUUAGAUCCAAACAUAUAAACAAACUGAUUUUCUCUGUUCAGGUGAAUCAUUUCACCAGCAGCAGGUCUGGCUUUUUUUUUGAAGAGCGACUGGACUUUACUAAAUCGUAACAUCAACACAAACAUUUGUCACUUUUCUUGGUCUUCAGGCCUGAAUAAUCAGCCUGAGAUUCCCCCAGUAGGCUCUGAUCAGAGAAAGUCAGAUUCUGUGGGUUUUUCUGUGAUUAUAGAACCAUGAAAUGGAUCCGAUGCUGCUUUUCGAAGUGUUGUGGCUUUUACAAGCAAACCCAAUUAAUGUGUUACCAUGACAACAUUCAGUCCUCUUUUUCGUUUUCAUCACUGUGCUAAAGAUUUCCAUGUUGUUGUCGAAUAAAUAUUGGUUCUUCUUAUUUGCAUUGUAAAAUAGGCUAAUAAACAAUUUAAUUAAAA